CUAUAUAUCUAUAUAUAUAGCGAAGCUAUAAAAAAACUCGGAGGCGCCGCGGUUUGUUCACGGAUGUUACGGUCCUUGCUCCAGUCUAUUUGGUAGCCGAGCGUGGUGCACAAGAAUCGAUACGCUCGCGAACCACUCAUGCUUAAAUAGCGAGAUACCUGUCCCUAGAUUGUUCACCUGUCGCUAGAUUGUUAGAGAAAACCACCUACCUACCUACCUACCUACCUACCCACCAGCACGCCAGCUUCUCUAGCUGUCUUCUCCUCGUCUUCCCUCGUCUUCUCCUUACACCAUGCGUAACAACAUGCCUUGCAGAUUAGCCAUCACGUCCAUGUCUCUCGGACGCUGCUGCGCCGGCCAUCCUCUCUCGCACAAGCUGGACAUGGCCAGGCUGUACGGCUACCGAGGCGUCGAGCUCUUCCACGAGGACCUGCUCCAUCUAGCCAAGCAGCUGCCCGGAGGCUCGAUCGCCGACAAAGAACUCGAAGCGGCUCGGAUCAUCCGCAGGCUCUGCCACGAGAGGGGACUCGCGAUAGUCUGCCUGCAGCCGUUCGCGCACUACGAAGGGCUGCUGGACCGCCGGGCGCACCUCGAGCGCCUAGAGCAGCUUACGUUCUGGUUUCAGCUGGCGAGGGUGCUCGGCACGGACAUCGUGCAGGUCCCCUCCAGCUUCCUACCGCCGUCCGAACUCUCGGAAGAUCAGCUCGUCGCGAUCGCCGACCUCAGAAAGGUGGCUGACAUGGGUCUUGCGCAGCAGCCGCCGAUACGAUUCGUGUACGAAGCGCUCUGCUGGGGCACACGCUGCGACCGGUGGGAGCAGAGCUGGGAUAUCGUACAGGCCGUGGAUCGACCCAACUUUGGCCUCUGCCUCGACACGUUUAACAUCGCCGGCCGCAUCUACGCCGACCCUUCUUCGCCGACGGGCCGCACUCCGAACUGCGACCAGGCCGUGCGGGAGUCCAUAGCGCGGCUCGUAACGACGGUGGACGUCAGCAAGGUAUUCUACGUUCAGGUGGUCGAUGCCGCGCGGCUUGCCGAGCCGUUAGUAGAGGGCCACGAAUUCUACGACGCUGAGCAGCCUGCGCGGAUGAGCUGGUCUCGGAAUUGCAGGCUCUUCUACGGCGAAGAGGAGCGCGGGGCAUAUCUUCCCGUCGCCCAGAUAUCGCGGGCUAUCUUCCAGGGCCUCGGGUUUGAAGGCUGGGUCAGCAUGGAGCUCUUUAAUCAGAGGAUGUCGGAUACGGACGAGGAGGUUCCUCAAGAGUUGGCGAGUCGAGGUGCUGCCGCUUGGAUGAAGCUAGUUAAGGACAUGAAGUUGAGGAUUGAUCUACCCGUUUCCGAACGGGUUGCUGCGUCGCUAUGACCGAAGAUUAGCGAGGUACCUUAGGUAUAUUCUAACUAAAGUCCCUACGGUAAGAAAACGAUUGGUCACUAUAUAGGUAGGUAGGUUAGCUACAUCAUUUAGGAGGACCGCUUAUAGACAUCCCGGCUCGCGGAGUUA